AUGGCCUUCCUAUUUAAGAGCAGACGAAACGCGCCGAAUGCGUCGGGCUUACCCCCUGCCAGUCGAAAUAUCCAUACUUCUGACGGCACAUCUGGUUCGACGUCCGCACCCAACGGAUCAAUAGACAGUACCGGAGAACGCUCAACACAGUCGCCUCCGCCCAAUGCGGGCCCAAAUGGAUCCCUCACUUCAAUGAACUCGGUAGCGAAUGCGCCCACGUAUCCACGGCGCGAACGAUCAGAAUCAGAGUCGGCGCCGCGGCCCACGACGAGUUCACAAGCGACUCAAGUACCUAAUGCCGCGCUGUACCCCUGGUCGCAACGGCGAUUGAACUUUCCCACUCCGCAGUCGAACCCGUUCCCUCGAUAUGGCGCCGCUGUGAACGCAGUCGCCUCAAAAGAUGGCGAUGUCUAUAUCAUGGGUGGCCUCAUCAAUGGCUCUAUGGUCCGAGGAGACCUAUGGAUGGUCGAAUCGGGCGUGGGCAACCUCUCCUGCUAUCCAAUCGCGACGGUCUCUGAGGGCCCUGGACCGCGUGUUGGCCAUGCAAGCUUACUUGUUGGCAAUGCUUUUAUUGUUUUCGGCGGUGAUACCAAGAUGGACGAUAAUGACCUGCUUGACGACACUUUGUACCUGCUUAACACUUCCUCUCGACAAUGGUCAAGGGCGUCCCCGCCCGGUCCACGCCCCUCUGGCCGCUAUGGCCAUACUCUCAACAUUCUGGGGUCCAAGAUAUACGUCUUCGGUGGCCAGGUUGAGGGCUACUUCUUCAACGAUCUAAUUGCUUUCGAUUUGAACGCCCUGCAGAACCCGACAAAUCAAUGGGAGUUUUUGCUGCAGAAUACGGGCGACGAUGUUGGCCAGAGUGCUAAGGUGCCGGCCGCAAGAACAAAUCACACCGUUGUGAGCUAUAAUGAUCAGCUCUUUCUAUUUGGAGGUACAAAUGGAACUCAAUGGUUCAACGAUGUUUGGACCUACAGCCCGGCUACGAAUUCCUGGACUCAACAAGACUGUAUAGGAUACAUUCCGGCACCUCGCGAAGGCCACUCCGCAGCCCUGGUUAACGACGUCAUGUAUAUCUUCGGCGGUAGAACCGAGGAGGGGACAGAUCUGGGUGAUCUGGCGGCCUUCCGCAUUUCAUCCAAGCGGUGGUACACUUUUCAGAAUAUGGGACCUUCUCCGUCUCCAAGGUCCGGCCACAGUAUGACAGCAUAUCGUGAUAAGAUCAUUGUACUGGCUGGCGAGCCUAGUUCGGCACCUCGAGACCCUGCAGAACUCAGCAUGGUUUACGUCCUGGACACGGCAAAGAUCAGGUAUCCAAAUGACGCCGCUGGGGCAAGCCAAGCUAUAGAUGCCAGGCAGCCCAACAGUCCAACCGGGAGGCCAAGCACAGAGGCGAGAUACGGCGUGCCCAUUCGUUCAACGUCACGGGAGGGACAAGGGACCCCAAAUGCUCCUCGUGAACAGUUUGCUGGAGGACCAGUUCAGCGGCCAGAUCCAGCACAGAACACUGGCCAGUCGAGACUGCCGCGAACCUCCAUGGCGCAAGCUCCUGCCGGGCCGCCUCCACAAGGCCAAGCUCCCAACCCUCGAGCUAACGGCGUUCAGUCUCCUUCAGGCGCGCCCGAAGGACCUAAACCAAGGUACAACGGCCCUCCAGUGGACACUAGAGGUCCUUCAGCUGGCCCCAAUGGUGUUAGGGCUGCUCAUGCAGACGGCAUGGUACAGCCUCCAGCUAUCCGGGAAGUCCAGAAAGAGAAUAUCCGACCAAGCCGGGAGAACAGCCCCAGUACUCACGGUCGAAGGACUCCGAUACAGAGAACGGAAUCGAAGGCGAAGGCCAUGGAAGCAGGGGAGGCAGCUCCGCUUGUUGGUAGCGGCGUGGCUAGACAACGGUCGCUUCGGUCACAACGAGCCCAGAGCUCCAUCGAUAGCACCGAGGACGGACUGCUCGGCCGCUCAUCCUCUGCCAGACACCAUCCUGACUUGCAUUCGGAUAAUCGCAGCUCGAGAAGCAUCCAUGGUGACGAACCCAAAUCCCCCAAAAUCAGUCCUCAUCAGGAGGCGCUGCUCAAAGAGUUGGAGACGGCGAAGAGGUCAAAUGCUUGGUACGCUUCAGAGUUGGCACUUGCCCGGAAGCAGGGCUACCAUAGCGGGACUGCUUCAAGCCCCAUGUUCGAUGACCGCGCUGUCAGCCAAGUCUCAGACGACGACCGGCCACUGAUGGAAGCCUUUAUGAUGAUGAGGCAAGAGCUCAUGAAAAUGCAAGAAGCUAUGGAAGUACAAGCUUCGUCGAUGGCCAAACGCAUUGCGGAGGUCGAGCAUCAGCGUGAUGCGGCUGUCACAGAAGCUGCUUACGCACGAGCCAAACUCGCAGCGCAUGGCGGAAGUCAACGGAGCACCCCCCAGCCCGACCACGGUCGUGAGCCCGACGAGCAAGAGCGUUUCACCGACCUUAGCCGACGGCUGGCUCUGGCUCUUGCCGCACAAUCGGAGCACAGAGCCAGACUUGACACGUUGAACAAUGACCUUGCUUCCGAGAGAAGAGCCCGGGAGCUCGCUGAAGAAUCCAUGGACGCUUUACAGCAGCGAUAUGACGACCUGAGUAAGAGUCGCAAACCUGCCGAAAUCGAAGGGCUCCGUGCGGAACUCCACGAAGCUCAGAGCCUAGCUCGGGCAGAAGCAGGUCGCAGAGCUGAAGUCGAGGAAGAGCUGCGGACGUUACGAGUCGACCACGACUCCUUGAGCAAGACGCAUGAGGAUAUCUUGGGGCGCUUGAACAGUCACACUUCAUCAAUGGCGGCUUUGGAAGCGGCUGUUGCAGCAUCUACAGGCAAAGCUAGCCUGUUUGAACGGCAAAUAGAGGAAGAGCGCGGCCAAAGAGAGGCUGUUGAACGGAAACUGGGACAACUGAGAGCCGAGCACGAAGAACGUACGACAGAGCUCGAAACCACAUCUAAGCGACUGCGCGACGCUGAAGAGCUGGCAGAGACGCAUGCGAGAGAAGCGGCGACGCACCGUGAGGCGUUGCUUGCCGGCCUGGCCAAGCUGUCCAAUCCAGAGCCAGCGGCAAAACAGGAUCCAGGUGCGGAGCAAAAGAUGAUUGCUCUGCGCGAAUCAGCAGAGCAAGCCUCGGCUCUGGCCAAGCGCAACCAGGAAGCUGCAGAUACAGCUGCGCAAAAACUACGUAAUGCAGAAGAACGGAUCGCUGGUUUGGAAGCAUAUCAGGAGCAAUCCAGCCGUGAGGCUCUGCAAACGCGUCGGCAACUACAGGCUGCGAUGCGUGAGGCGCAAGGCUACCAGGCCGAGAUCCGCGAGCUGCGCUCAAAUCUUGAGAUGCAUCAGCGAGAUGCCAGUGCGCUUGCCGUCCAGCACAGUGCUCUCAAAGAUCUACUGGGUGAGCGCGGCCUGAAUGUGUCUGAUGUGCGGCGGUCGCCGGCCUUUGGUGACAACUCGCCAACUUCAAGGUUCGGUACGCCAGAGCAGGCGCGUCUUCGCGAAAUCGAACAGCAGCUCCAAGCCAGCAUCAAGGCUCACGAAGAGACCAAGAGCCAGUCCGAGGCUCGUAUGCAAGAAGCCGACAGCACGUACAAGGAGAAGUUGGAGCAACUUGAAAAUGACUACCAGUCGGCUGUACACUAUGUUAAGGGCACGGAAAAGAUGUUGAAGAAGAUGAAGGAAGAGCUCACCAAGUACAAGUCACAGAAUGCCCAGCUGACGACCGAGUUGGAGACCGCCCGAAGUGCAAGCGCCGCUUCUGGCACGGCCGCUGACGCUGCCGCUUGGGAUAGCGAGCGAUCUCUGCUGCAGACCUCGAUUGACGAGAUGAAGACCCAGACGAGCCAGCAGAUUGCGCAACUGGAGUCGAGCGUCUCUUCACUGAAGACGGACCUUGCUGCCGUACGGGCAGAAAGAGAUCAACAGAAAGCCAGUCAGGAACAACUGAGUCAGACCGCGCAACGGUUGGGCAGGGAGCUGGAGCAGCUGAAGUCAGAAAACACGAUGCUCGAGCAGCAAGCCGAAGAAGCUGAAAGCCGGAUAACAGUGCUGCUUGAUCAAGUAAACGAGAGGGUUGGCAACUACAGACGGCAAUCGCAGCUGCAACCCCUACCGCAUGGCAUCAACGGGCUUGGUCACAACCGGGAGGAGAGCACCUCAACGCUGACAGAUGUUUCGGUGAGCGAUGACACACUCACCCACGACGACAGAGGAUCGGUGGCGCUGGACAACCUUGCGUCAGAGCUGGAGACCUUACGAUCACAGUGGGAGAGCACGAGCCGCAGUGCCUACCGACUCAGCGCACAUUCGGAAAGGACCCCCACAGCAGAGACCCAUGGCACUGAGCUCAGUGACAAUCUUGCAAACUGGAGGCGACGACUUGCGGAGGAAGAAAAUGUGGCUAAAGAGCCACAGAAGGUCACUUGA